AAACUUCUGUGCAUAUGCAAUGAAUGAAGUACAGUUUGUUCUGCAUCUCUUUGUUUGUUUCCAUCACUCCUUCACCCUGUGCCAUUAAAAUACCUCUACUAAAGCCACCUUCUAAUAAUCACUCCCUCCUCAAAUUCCAUUUGGUGAUUGCACCCCUGGCGCCAGCUCUGAAAAGGAAAGGAGUGGGGGGGUUAGACUGAGGGAGCAGUAGGCAGGCACACACUCAUACAUCCAACUAAGGGGGGUGAUAGAGAGAGAGAGAGAGAGAGCAGGGAGAGAGAGAGUGCUGUGCUCCAGACAGGCAGCAGCUCCUGGUAGUUGGCAGCAUUGAGCUGCAUUCCCAGUAGAACACACAACUCGGGCUCUCUCCAUCAAGAUGAUGAUGAUGCUCCAGGCAGCCUUGUUCUGUGUCUAUGCAGCAUCCUGCGUCCAGCUUCUGUCUGCAUCUGCUGCCGCAACGGGCAGGUCUGAGAGAGGCAAUUUCCUGGAUGAUAAACAAUGGCUAACCACUAUAUCCCAGUAUGACAAGGAUGCCGGCCACUGGAACCGAUUCCGAGACGAUGACUACUUCCGUACUUGGAGCCCCAGUAGAUCAUUUGAUCAAGCAUUGGAUCCAGCUAAAGACCCAUGUUUAAAAAUGAAAUGCAGUCACCAUAAAGUCUGUAUUGCCCAAAAUCAAGAAAAAGCUAUAUGCAUUAGUCAAAGAAGACUAACACACAGAAUAAAGGAAGCAGGACUAAGCCAUAAAUAUUGGAAAAAUGCUCCUGAUUCAUCUAGUUGCAAGCAAUGUCCAGUCAUAUAUACAAAUCCAGUGUGCGGAUCUGAUGGUCAUUCAUAUUCUUCACAGUGUAAACUUGAAUAUCAAGCAUGCAACUCAGGCAAACAAAUUUCAGUGAAGUGUAAAGGACAAUGCCCCUGUUCUUCAAACAAACUGAGAACUGCAAACAAAAGUAAUAAAAGAGUCUGCACUGAUCAGGAGUUCAGAGAUUUUGCCAACCGGCUGAGGGAUUGGUUUAAGGCACUCCAUGAAAGUGAAUAUCAAAAUGAGAAGACUAAAGCUGUGCCAAGCCAAGAAAGAAGCAGGUUUGAUACAAGUAUUCUGCCUAUUUGCCGAGACUCUCUUGGGUGGAUGUUUAAUAAACUUGAUAAAAACUCCGACUUGCUGCUGGAUCAGUAUGAGCUCGGAAGCAUUUAUAUUGACAAGAAUGAGCAAUGUACCAAGGCCUUCUUUAAUACAUGUGACACGUACAAGGAUAGCUUGAUAUCUAACAAUGAGUGGUGCUAUUGUUUUCAAAGGCAGCAAGAUCCUCCUUGUCAGACAGAAUUAAGUAACCUUCAAAAACAGACACCAGGAAAGAAGCUUCUUGGGUACUACAUACCAGCAUGUGAUGAAGAUGGAUAUUACAAGCCAGCUCAGUGUCAUAGCAGCGUGGGCCAGUGUUGGUGUGUUGAUAGAUAUGGAAAUGAAGUAAAAGGAUCCCGAAAAAGUGGACCUGCAGAAUGUGGUGGUGAUUCUGAGACAUCAGGAGAUUUUGGCAGUGGAGAUUUUCAUGAAUGGUCAGAUGAUGAAGACGAAGAAGGUGAAAUGAUGAAUGAUGAAGAUGAAAUUGAAGAAGACGACGAUGAUGAGGAUGAAGGUGGUGAUGAUGAUGAAGAAGAUGAAGAUGGAUAUAUUUGACAUAGCACAAUGCAAAAUAAUUCUAUUUUUCAUGUCUUCAAAAAGGCAUCACUUAGGAAACAUCUUUGCUCACUUCACCACCAAGAUAAAAAGGAUUUAAAAACAUGUAUAUUUUGUAUGAUCAUAUCAAGUUUUAAGGCCGGAGUCAUAGACAUUUGUUUAAGAGUUCAUUUAUGUGCUUUUAAGCUUUUCUAUGCUUUUAAUGAUAAUAUGUUUUCCAAGAAAACAUAUUGGAAGUAUAACCUGAAGGAAUACAUACAAUACUUUUGUGAAGAUAAUCAUUUAUAAAGAUUAAAAUGUUCUGAAGGAUUUGGGAUAUUAUUUGGACAUAUGUAAGGCUCCCAUAUGGAAAAAAAACUGAAUAAAAGUAAGAGCUUUGUUAAAAAGCACAUAAGGACAACUUAAUUUUCCUUUUCUUACUCUACAGUUGUAAUUUGGUUAAUAUUAUCCUUACCUUGGAUAAUAUUUGUCAUUCAGCUAUUUUGAGUCCCAGCACCCCAUAACUAUAAACCAGUGGGGUUAGUUGCACCCUGAUAAUAGUGGCCAUUGUGAGGAUCAUAAAGUUUAUCAAACCACAGUUAGCGUGAGAAAAAUGUCCAUGCCAGGUUUAUGAGCAUUGAGUUCCUGGCUCUGGUGGCCACCAAUGGGUUGAUAUACUAGUGAGAAAUCCUGAUUAUAAAAGUUGUACGCAUUUUAUGUUUACAUUUUUUUAUAAUGGCAGUUCAAAAAUAUGAUAAAUGCUGAUUCAGUAGUUCUUCAGAUUAUGCAGAAUGUAUUUGUUUUGUAUGCUUAUAGAUUUGUUGUCCUUUUACACUACCAUCCUUUAUUAAGUUUUAUUUUAAACGCAAUUUGUAUGACUUUUGUUGUUUAAUCCAAAAGCAUGAUAUAUAUGUAAUAGAUAACACAAUUUCUGCAAAAGAGUGAUUGUAUUAACAGAUAUCCAGCAUCAUGUACUUGUCUGAAAUCCUAUUAAAAGCAAGGAGUUAAUCUAGAUAGUUAAGCAGCGGAAAGAAUAAUAUGGAGAAAAUGUAUAAUAAUCAGUUAGUAUAAGCAUUUUUGCUCUAAUAUUGACCAUAUUCAUAAAGAAAAAA